CAGCGUCUCUCCUGCCCCCCCUCCCCCGCCCAGACAGUGUCUGUGCAGCGAGGGGAGGGUGCAUGGGUCAUUCCCGACAUCCGUGCCCGCUGCCGAGCCCUUUUCCUGAAGAGGGGUUGGGCAGCCGGCGCGGGGAUUUUCCGUUCGUAGCCCGGCGCCAGCCUUUGCAUCCCCCCGGGAUGCUCCAGGCAGAGCAGAGGCAUGGAGACAGUGCAGGAAGAGAGGGUUCGCCCCUGGAUGGACUCGGACCCCCGCCCAACAGGCUGCUGGAUCUGCCUGGUUCUGCCCAUUUCUCCCAGUGCUGACACACAUCCCACGCUCCCGUCCCCGCAGUUCCAGAGUCUGCAGCAGGAGCGGGAGAUGUGUUUGGCUUCAAACUGUACCCAGGCCAGGGUGAACCUGUCCCUUCGCCCGCGGCUGGAGGACGGGAAGGCUUCCCUGGCCAUCAAGUACCAGGAGCUGCGGGAGAUCCGAGAGGCAUGUUGGGACAAGCAGCAGCGCCUGGAGGCUUACCUGGAGAAGUGGAGCCCACAGAGCGCCCUGGGCCAGCUCCAAGCCAGGCUCGAUGCCUCUGAAGCAGAGUCAGAGGUACAGAUAGAGCAGUUCCUGGCCCAGGACCUGCCCCUUGAGUCCUUUCUGGAGUCCUUCUGCCAGAGCCGCACACGCUCCCACAUCUGCCGGACGCAGCUGGAGAAACUGCAGGAGCUGCUGCAGAAGGACCAGGUGCAGAAGGACCAGGUGGGGAGGGACCCUGCGGGCCCUACGAAGUGCCCAGGUGCCCCGGCUAGCCCAUCACCAGCCCGCCUUGCCCCGUUACGGAGUGGAGUAGCCCCCAAAGCCUUCGAUCUCUCCUACGGCUUUGUGCCCGCCUUCCUCAUCCCCUCGGAGGCCGUUGUGCCUUUUCCCGUGCCAGCUGCGCCUCCCAAGCACCAUCUCCCAGCCCUGGGACAGCAGCCAGCAUCUCCCUGCUCUGAAAUCCCCAGCCCAGGCUCUCCCCUGCGCCUCGUCGGACACAUCCCCGUGCUCAGCCCCCAGCCCGUCCGCAGGCAGCAGCGGCUGCGACAGCAGCAGCAGGAGCCUCCACACCGGUAGCAGGGCAGGGAUAGGGGAUGUCCCUGCUCCUGUGCCUCCACGGGGCUGCACAGGAACACCCUGGCCAGGGAGCAUGUGGGGUGGGGGGUGGUGUAGG